AUGCCGACACUCGGUUUUCUGAAGAAGAAACGGACGAAGGAGUCUCCGGCCAUAACCUCUCCAACAUCUAGUCAAGCCACAACCAGUCCGACAACCCCCACAUCAUCAAGAGGCUUCGAUAAUUCGAUAGCUUCUGUCUCGACCCAAUCGACUUUACCCCAAUCCCACGAGCACGAGGUUCUCCAAACUACAACCUCUCGCACAACCGACGACCAACCGACUGCCGUGGCCAAAAAAGCCUCAAUGACACACGGAAUAACUCCACAGCAGCAAUCUGCGCAAAUCCAUUCUGAUCAACAGCAGCACCGUCAAAACUCUCCCAGCAUUAGCAACUUGAUCCAUCCACCACAGCAUGACGGCGCGAGCCAGUCAUAUCCAACCCCACCAGCUUCUUCACAACCUUCACUACAUCCGGUAGCUGCUAACACCAGCACACUUCAAAUGGACUCCUCACAGCGACAAUCGCAGCAAUCACAGCAGCAGCCACAGAUUAGACAAACCAAGGGCAAAUAUUCUUUGACAGAUUUUGAUAUUCAGCGCACAUUGGGCACGGGAAGUUUUGGUCGAGUUCAUCUGGUUCGAUCAAAGCACAAUCAGCGAUACUAUGCCGUCAAAGUAUUGAAGAAGGCGCAGGUGCACAAGAUGAAGCAGGUCGAACAUACCAAUGAUGAGAGAAAGAUGUUGCAAGAAGUCAAGCAUCCAUUCCUCAUUACUUUAUGGGGUACCUUUCAAGACUCGAAAAAUCUAUACAUGGUGAUGGAUUUUGUAGAGGGGGGUGAACUAUUCUCUCUACUGCGAAAGUCACAACGAUUCCCCAAUCCAGUAGCCAAAUUCUAUGCUGCUGAAGUUACAUUGGCUCUAGAAUACCUUCAUUCAAAACAUAUCAUUUAUCGAGAUUUGAAACCAGAGAAUUUACUACUUGAUAGGCACGGGCAUCUCAAGAUUACUGACUUUGGAUUCGCAAAGAAAGUCCCAGAUAUUACAUGGACAUUGUGUGGUACCCCAGAUUACUUAGCACCAGAAGUAGUCUCGAGUAAAGGUUAUAAUAAAUCCGUAGAUUGGUGGUCCCUUGGUAUAUUAAUUUUCGAAAUGCUUUGUGGUUUUACACCAUUUUGGGAUGGUGGCUCUCCCAUGAAAAUCUAUGAGAACAUUCUUAAAGGGAGGGUCAAGUAUCCUCCCUAUAUUCACCCAGAUGCACAGGACUUGUUGCAAAGAUUGAUCACAGCAGAUCUCACCAAGCGUCUUGGUAACUUACAUGGUGGUUCUGAGGAUGUCAAAAAUCAUCAAUGGUUUGCUGAAGUUACUUGGGAAAGGUUAUCCAAGAAGGAUAUCGAUGCACCUUAUGUUCCUCCGGUCAAGGCUGGAGUUGGAGAUGCCAGCCAGUUUGAUAAGUACCCUGAAGAAACGGAGAUAUAUGGUCAAGGUGGGCCCGAUGAAUUUGGGCACCUAUUUGUGGAUUUUUAA